AUGACCAAUCACAAGACUAUAUUGAAUCGACAAUCAGAGCAGACGACAGCGUCGGACAAGACCCGACAUGGGUCCUCGACCGCAGACCUCUCUGGGCAACGAGUUGGUGCUGGAUGGUCCUUGGUGAUCGGCUCGAGUGCUGCCAUCGGUGUUUUGCCGGGGCGUUUGUCAUUCGGUACACUAGCCUUCGCUCGUGCGAUCGAUAUCGUGUUGAUAUGCUUGGGCACCGUUCUUUCAUUAUUCGCCUUGAUAACUCUGUCUCUAUUACUAAUUAUUCGAUGGCGGAACUCGCGACGGCCGCAGUCUGGAGUCACCAAAGAAUACCGUUCUGGGCAACCAUCAGUGCUCAGCAAUUCUUUGAAAAACGGUGCUGUUACAAAUGUGGUCGUUCCCGCACCUUCAGCGGCCAAGCCACAAAAAGCCAAUGCUAAUGGAACUGGCCAGCCGGAUGUGAAGCCGGCCGAUCUGUCUACGGAUUUAGCCGUAGGCAUGUUGGAUAAGAGUGCCGAGAUCAAUACUGAUGGUGAAAUCCAUGAAUGUCGCUCUUCACACUCUAUCAAUCGACCACACAGGCCAUCCAAGAUCAGUCUUUCACCAAAUCUUGCCAAAGCUGCUCAAGUUGAAGCUGUCCAGACGGAACACAGUGUCGACAAUUUCAUUGAAGAUCUCAGGCGAAUCCGCAAUGGCAACGAUUCAGUACUUUAUGAGGAGUUUCAGGGUUAUCAUAGUUGUAGUCAGUUCAUAGCAACACAAGGACCUAUUGGUCCGGAAGAAAUCGGAGAUGGAAAGAAAGAGAGCACGCAGCGCUGCUCACAGUACUGGCCGUCGCUGGGCGAGACACGAUGGUUUGGUGCCAUCGAAGUGAAUCUUGUUUCCGAAUGCGAGGAUCCAAUCUGCAUCCGGCGGGAGCUCAAUAUCAGCCUUAGCACUGGCAGCGAACGAAGACAGGCAUUAAUCAUUUUUCAUAGUUGUUAG